GACCUCAUUCCUCCACACCUUCAUCUGAAAGAAACACCCACAAGUGAUAUGUUAUCACUGGCCUUGCCCCCUCAUCCUUCAAAAACCAACCAUUCGCUUUUCUUCCGUAGUAAAGAAGGCUGUGUCGUGCAGAUUAGGGCUCAAAGCUUAGGAUUAAACAUGGCUUCUCUGAUCAUGUCAUUUGCUCCGGCCACCACAAGAGUCUAUGCGGCAACGGCUGCCAAGGGUGCGGGUGGUAGCAAAGAGGAGAAAGACCUUCUGGAUUGGAUUUUGGGAGGCUUGCAGAAGGAAGACCAGCUGCUUGAGACUGAUCCUAUACUCAAGAAGGUGGAGGAAAAGAGUGGAGGCACUGCCAACGGUGGCCGGAAAAACUGUGUCUCAAUGCCCCAAAAGAAGAACGGUGGCUUUGGAGGAUUGUUUGCCAAGAAAUGAUGACAAGACCCUUUGCAGUUGCAGCACCGAAUUCAAAUGCAUGCAUUAUUGUUCUCUCUCUGUAUUAUGCUUUGAAUGAUUUGACCACUGUAGAUCCCCAAGUUAUAUGUUUACUCUUCUCUGGUCUCUGUCUUUAAAGAUAUCAACCAGCUACAGUCAAUCUAGCAAAUUCAUUGCUUUUGCUGCAUGUUGAUUUUGGUCUUAUUUUCAGGCAGUAAAUUGAAAUUCAAACUGGUCUCUGUUAAA